CGCCUCCUCGUCUCCCUCCCGCUCCUGGGAAAGCGAAGCCGUCGCUUUAAGGGUGGCUGAGAGAAGCACUCGGCGUCUCGGGGAGGGGACCGCGCCCGCCCCCUUGGAACCUCGGAGCGCGGCCGAUACAGGAGGACAGGUGUGAGGCCAGUGCUCUUUUGACUCAAUGGGACUGAAGGGGUUACGAAACGUCCUCCUGUGCUUGAGACCUACAGACUACAUGUUUUUCAAGAAUUCGUCAGUGGUUUUUCAUCUUCUGGUAGUACACUAGAAGCAUAAAUAUGGUGCCAAAACUCAUUCUCAUUCUCUGACUGCAGUUGGUUUGGACAUACUUCUGUGUUGAAGAGAAGUAUACACACUGAGGCCACUCAUUGUUCAGAGACUGUCGUGUAGGAUCAUGGACCAUUCUAACAGGGAAAAAGAUGACAGACAACGGACAACUAAAACCAUGGCACAAAGGAAUACACACUGUUCCCGACCAUCUGGCACCUCAGCAUCCUCUGGAGUUCUCAUGGUGGGACCCAACUUCAGGGUUGGCAAGAAGAUAGGGUGUGGGAACUUUGGAGAGCUGAGAUUAGGUAAAAAUCUCUACACCAAUGAAUAUGUAGCCAUUAAACUGGAACCAAUAAAAUCACGCGCUCCACAACUUCAUUUAGAGUACAGAUUUUAUAAACAGCUUGGCAGUACAGGUGAAGGUCUCCCACAGGUAUAUUAUUUUGGACCAUGUGGAAAGUACAAUGCCAUGGUGCUGGAGCUCCUUGGCCCUAGCUUGGAGGAUUUAUUUGACCUCUGUGACCGAACGUUUACUUUGAAGACGGUGUUAAUGAUAGCCAUCCAGUUGCUUUCUCGAAUGGAGUAUGUACACUCAAAGAAUCUUAUUUACCGAGAUGUCAAACCAGAGAACUUCUUGAUUGGCCGACAAGGCAAUAAGAAAGAGCAUGUAAUACACAUAAUAGAUUUUGGACUGGCCAAGGAAUAUAUUGAUCCUGAAACCAAAAAACACAUACCUUACAGAGAGCACAAAAGCUUAACUGGAACGGCACGAUACAUGUCUAUCAACACGCAUCUGGGCAAAGAGCAAAGCCGGCGAGAUGAUUUGGAAGCCCUGGGCCAUAUGUUCAUGUACUUCCUCCGAGGCAGCCUACCCUGGCAAGGACUCAAGGCUGAUACAUUAAAAGAGAGAUAUCAAAAAAUUGGUGAUACCAAAAGGAAUACUCCCAUCGAAGCUCUCUGUGAGAACUUUCCAGAGGAGAUGGCAACCUACCUUCGGUAUGUCAGGCGAUUAGACUUCUUUGAAAAGCCUGAUUACGAGUAUUUACGCACCCUCUUCACAGAUUUGUUUGAACGGAAAGGCUACACCUUUGACUAUGCCUAUGAUUGGGUUGGAAGGCCUAUUCCUACUCCAGUAGGAUCGGUUCAUGUCGAUUCUGGUGCAUCCGCAAUAACUCGAGAAAGCCACGCGCACAGGGAUCGGCCAUCACAACAACAGCCUCUUCGAAAUCAGACUGCAUCAUCAGAGCGCCGAGGAGAGUGGGAAAUCCAGCCCAGCCGGCAGACCAAUACCUCAUACCUGACGUCUCACUUGGCCGCAGACCGCCAUGGGGGUUCAGUACAGGUGGUUAGCUCAACCAAUGGAGAGCUGAAUGUUGAUGACCCCACUGGAGCUCACUCAAAUGCACCAAUCACCGCUCAUGCCGAGGUGGAGGUAGUGGAGGAAGCUAACUGCCUGAAAAUGCUCAACCUGUGGUGCUGCUGUUUCUUUAAGAGGAAAAGGAAGAAGACUGCUCAGCGACACAAGUGACCAGUGCCUCCCAGGAGUCCUCAAGUCCUGGGGACUCUGGCUCCAAUUGCACCUGCAGCUCCUGCCAUUUCUCAUUGGAAAGGACUCCUCUGUGGGGGAGGGUGGAGAUCCAAACCAAAAAGAAGAAGACAGAUGCCCCCAGAAGGAGCCAGUGCAGGCAGCCAGGGCCAAGUGGGCCAGUGGCGAUCCCUCUGGCUGAGCUCUGAGCGGGUCCAGAGCUGCUGCUUCUCCACUGCUUGCCCUGGGCUCUCUGGUUGACUCUCUUCCCAUUGUUUACAGUGAAGGUGUCAUUCACAAAAACUCAAGGACUACUGUUCUCUUCCUCCUCUUCCUAAAUUUACUCCUGGUUCUGCACCACCCUCAACCUCUCCAGCAUAAGAACUACGAAGUUAAAGGAGAGGUCAAGAAGCUGGUGGUGUGGCCAGGAAGGUCGGAGGGAGAUGGCAGCCUGGGCUGGAGGGCUUCUCCACUUCCCAGGUGUGUCUACAAGUAAGGCUUCCUCUUCCUCCCUCCCUCCCUCCCUCCCUCCCUCCCGUGAAGUUACACUGUAGGACACAAGCUGUGAGAAAUCUGCAGUCUACUGUCCCUGUGUGUUGGCGUUCUUAGCUUUUUUGAUGAGCAAAUCCCUUGCUCCGACUGUAGCAAAACAAGCCUGUGGUUCUGAGCAAAGGAAAGGAAACUGAUUUUAUUGCACUUUUAGUUUUUUGGGGUUUUGUUUUUGUUUUAUAAACAACAUGGCAGAUGCAUAUUGUGUCUGGUUAUAUUGGGGGGGGUGCUUUUUUCUGUUUCAAGGGGGAUGGGCCAGCCAAGCCAUUCAGAGAAAAUGUGGGUCCAGAGGAUAUUCAUGAUGGAAAGAGUCUGAUUUGCAGCACAUGGAAGAGAAGAAGCCAAACUCUGUGUCAUCCUGAGUGAAUUCUCAGGUUGGCAAGGAAACAUACUUGAAUUUUCAUUCAUCUUCUCCGCUGCAGAGAAAAGUCCCCACCAGAUCCCUUUGACCUAAUCAGCCUAGAGCUUGAAAGCCCAGCUCCUGAACACUUGGGAUGAGCACCGAGCCAGACUGUGACCAACCAGAAGGCACCUCAUCUCAGAGAGGAAAUACUUAAUAACAACAACAAAGCAAAAUGUCUGUUUCCUCCACUGCCAGGGACUUCCUACUAGAUAGCCAUGUGACUUUCUGUUGACUUGGAGGACAAAAUUAGUGACUAAACAGCCACCACCAUAUUGCCAGUAGUGGACAAAAGAGGGCAGCAAAUUGCCUUCCAACUGCCAGAGAAGCCUCAGGAUGCAGCAUCUUAGGGCCAGGAAAAGAAAAUCAGUAUGUCAUGUCCGCCCCAAGACUAAAUUAGAGCAUCUAGGCUGGUCUGCCUUAGAAAUUAAGUCUGUGGUGAUCUUGGAGCAGGUCCAUAGCAGCAGGCUUAGAACUUGGUACAUGAGGCUGCAGUAAGCAGGGAAGGGAAGGUUGGUUGAUGCUGGGAAAUUCCAGAGAAAAGGAAACUGUAAUGAAAGGUCUAAAAUUCUAUCUUAACAAUUGAACAGAGACUCUUCCCAGAUAAUACAGCCAUAUAUUAGCAUGUUUUCCCCACUGCACUCUCUGCCCACCACCAUACGUCCUCACUGGACAUACCACCAUGAAGCAUCACUGGUUGCAUAGUUAACAGUAUGGUGCUUACUCUUCUCAUGUUCUGUUUUCAUUUUAGUGGCAUUUCCAAACAGUGGCUUCUUACCCUAGUGUGGCAAGGAUUAUUCACAUGGGCAAAGAGGUCUUGUAUCUGGGUGUAUAGAGCUACCCACAUGGCAUUGGCUAGUGACUUAGUGCAGCAGAGAACUCUGCUGUGUAUGUAUGUAAAGGACUGGGGGAUGCCAGGGCUCUUUGUGGACAUGUAUCAGAAAUAGUAUCAAAUGAAGCAGAGUUUAUUCACCUUGCCUGUUCUGUUGGACCUUGACUAGGGAAUCUCUCUUCAUUGGCUUCAAACCUGUUCAGCAUUUGUAAAGAUUGCCACCUGUCCAUUUCUUUACAAGAAAUAUCUUUGUCCAUGAAACAGAGUAGCGGGGAAAAGUCAGGUCAAACCACUUUUCCCCAUAAGGAAUUUGAGUGUUAGGAUUUGCUUCUUUUUCAUUAUGUAGUAGUUAAAGCUCAUCGCUGAAAUUUACAUAGUCCCUAGUUUGGCAUGUGGGCAACUCUGACUUCCCCCACAGAAACGUAAAAGUCCUCAUCCCAGGAAAUGGUGGCAAGGCCUAGAGCAUCCUGGCACUCUCUGUCCCACUAAGUGCCUCCCCAACCCUGCUUCCACAAUAAAGCAAAGGCGGUGACCAGCUUGGCUGCAGGGUAGGGUGCCCUGCAGCUGGGCCUAAGACUCCUUUUUUGUCUUAAAAUAUUUUUAUAGGCUAGCUCUUGAGGGGUUGAACUUGAGUGGUUUGUGGGAAUGGGAAAGGGUCCUUCCUAAUGCACUGCUGGCACCCUCCAGCCCCCACAAAUCCCUUACUAGAUAUUUGGUUUUUGUAGCAAAGGUCCCUUUAACAUGCAGGGCGGUGGUGACCUUUCAAGGCCAUUGACACUCUUAAGGUGGUCCCAAAGCUGGGCAAUUCUCUUAAGAUCUUCCUUAAAAUUAAAACAUACUGAAUUCCCCAGAAACAAUCUGCUCAUCUGUUCCAGCCCCACUAGUACGUCAGGCUCCAUACACAUCCCUGUUUCUGUCGGUUGCCUGGCUGCAAGCUCAGCCAGAUCCCAGGGCACAGGCACUCCUUCCAUCUCCCCUCAUGUAAAUCCACUUGCUCUAUCUCAGUUUUGACACCUGAGGACAGUUUUCUUUAGGAUUGAUGCAUUUACUUCCCCUUAAAACUAAUUCAUCUGUUCCAGGGACAGGGGCAUUUGAUAUUGUAAUAUUCGGAGUUUUAUUUCCUCAAACUUUGCUGUCCUCGAGGCAUUGCAGCCUGAGCAGACUUGGGUAGAAGCAGGCCAGAGGUUACACCAAGGUGUAAAGUGUCCAAUCAUAGAAGUGGAUUUUCAGAGUUCUCACUCCAGACUGCCCACAAGGCUGCGCUGAAUGUGCCAGCAGCUAGUGAGCAGUCAUGACUGCCUUAAUUAACAUUCUUCUAUUUUGGGUCUGUCUAGGAGCAAACAGGGUCUGUGAAGGUAUGUGUAAAUUAGGUGAGUAGGUAAGUCUCCAGUUAAAAUUCCCAUUUCCAUUGGAACAAGCUACAGGAGACAGCAAGGAUCCUAAAGUUUCUGAAAGUGUGUUUCCUUUUCCUUUUUAGUGAAGGACAAGAACUCGGAAUCAGCCCAUGUCCAUUAGCCAGAUGGUGUCCAUCUUGUGUAAAAUAACUUCCAGUCUAGUUCAGAGGAAAAGUAUGCUGUAGUGCUUAUGUAGUGUUGAUGUCCAAUGUUAGCAACCACUUGUAAUGCCAGAAGUAUACAGCAAUGGCAAUGUUAUGUUAAAGUGGUUGCUAAGGAUCAUAGCCUUAAUUUAAAAAACAAUGUAAAAGAUAAUCCAUUCCCCUCCGUGUUGAGCAAACAUAGCAGCACUUCUCGAGAAGAACUUUCUCAGAAGCCUAGAAAGCAUUUCCUCAGAGGAACUUGGUCUCCCAAGCCCACAUGACUCCUGUGUCCCAGCCACCUCUUCCAUGCUCAUACCGAAACCAGUUUUCCAUUCCUGUUUAGUUGCCCUGGUAAUGCUUUGUCCAGUGUCAGUCAUGCCAGGGCUUGAGUUUUUAAGACCAGGGGUUUGCAUGGUCAUACAACCGACAUUGCCUUUGCCAGCCACUGCCACCAUCCCCUCCAUUGCCCCUAAGUGGGCAGCUUGAUUCCAGGGACCCUCAGGGAGCCAGGGUAAUUAGGUCCCCAUCUGGAUUGGCCAUGUGGGUGACAAGCACUUAUCUCUGGGUUUCUUGAUUUUGCAGACUUCAAGGAAGUCCCAUGUAGAUGUUGAUGGCCAAUAACUCCAGCCUUCCCCAUAAUGGGUUGGUAGGACUCAGAUAAGAAUUCCUUUGUUUGUUGGGGGACUUUGUUUUAAGGAGGUUAGUUUUUGAGUAUGAAAAAGAAGAGGCCACUGUGGUCCUUCUGUGAGUUUGUAGAGUUCUGAACAGUGUUUUCAUCACCAGUCUUGGGAGUCUGAUCCAAUAACCAGUCUUAAGGUGUUUGUCCUACUCCUUUUGCAGGUAACUAAGUACAGAAGAAUAGAGUUCUUAUUGUAUCAAAAUAGUAAGUAGAUCCCUGAAUAUAGUUAAUAGUAGUUGACAUAUUUUCUCAAAAAAACAACAACAACAACAACCAGGAAACCCACUCCAGUAUUUACAGAUCAGCUUAUCAAGGGAAAAAAAAGUGAACGUGUACUCCACAUAUCUCUAGUUGAAUUACCAAACUUGAUGUUAUAAAGAAACCUCGGUUGUAUAGACAGGAUAUUUCUCUGUCUCUCUCUCUCUGUCUCUCUCUCUGUCUACCCUCCCCCAUCCCCUGCCCCUGCCCCGCCCCCCAUCACAAUCACUUGUCUGGUGCCAUCACCACCUUUAAGGUCUCAGAGCAGAGGAUUAUCUGUGGUCAUAAGCCAGAGGGCAUUGCAGUCAUUCCAGCAAUGCACAGACGACUGCCAUCCUGACUAACCCAAACUCACCUUCCAGGGUAGGUGAAACCUUUUGGUUCCCCUCUUCAAGAGCUCUAGACCAAAUCCCAGGCCAGCCCAUGCACCAAAGCCUUUUAGAAGGCUUACCAAUCUGUUAGGAAUGUCUCAGGAAACAUGAGCCAUUUCUUGGAGGAUACAUGUAUUUACAGAUGGAUAUAUGUGCUCAUCUGUGUGUGUUUUACUCUCAUAGACAGCACAGGCUCCUGGGAACUGUGUGUUCCUCAGUGUUCUCAGAGACAGUGUGACAAGUGUGAGCUGCUCAGUUCAGUGAGCAGGCUGACUCUGGGAAGGAGCCCUGUUUAUCAAGCAGAGAACCACAGAAAAGACGAAACCAAAAAUGCUCCAACACUCCAAUGGAAAGAAAUGUUGAUGCAGCAAUUCCCAUUGGAUAGAUUACACUCUCUAAUUUAUUGUCUUUUUUAAGUUUUACCCAUUGUACUCUUUAAAAGAUGUUGGGAUGUUGGUUGCAAUUUUUUAAAAGUAGAUAAUGUAUAAAUCAGCUGUGGAAAUCAAUUUUAAUUCAUGUGUGGAUGUGUCUAGUUAUUGUUAAAUGCCUUUUUUUUUACUUUUUUUUAAAGAUAAUGUUUCAUAAACCCUGGCACUGGUCAAAAAAAAAAAAAAAACGCAGCUGUGAAGAAUGAAACUUGUAGUAUUUUUUAAAUGAAUGUCGAUUUCAAGUGUAUUUGAAAUGUUUCCUCCAAUAGAGAGAUGUGGACACCAUUGAGGAGAACUCCUCUGCAGAGGAAAUAGCCUUUGGGGAAAAUGGAAUGUGGGUCUGGAUGUGUUAUCUCAGAGUAGCCCAUUUCAUAGGGCGUCAUGGACAACACAAAUGUGAUUUUAAGUAUACCUCUUCCCAGUUUGGGGAGGAAAGGACUCAGUUUGCACCCUUUUUGUAUGUAAAAUAAAAUGUCCUACCUUUCUUGGCUACAUUUA